AUGAAUGAGGUUGUAGGAAGGAGGAAGGAGGAAGGAGGAAGGAGGAAGGAGGAAGGAGGAAGGAGGAAGGAGGGAGGGGGAAGGAGGAAGGAGGAAGGAGGAAGGAGGAAGGAGGAAGGAGGAAGGAGGAAGGAGGAAGGAGGAAGGAGGAAGGAGGAAGGAGGAAGGAGGAAGGAGGAAGGAGGAAGGAGGAAGGAGGAGGAGGAAGGAGGAAGGAGGAGUAGACUAUAG